AUGCUGGCGCUGGGGCAGGCGGACGGCGCACCCCGGCAGGGCGCCUUCCUGCUGGGCAGCCCGCCGCUGGCCGCCCUGCACAGCAUGGCCGAGAUGAAGGCGCCGCUGUACCCCGCGUACCCGCUGCCCGCCGGGCCCGCCUCCUCGGCCUCCGCUUCCUCCGCCUCUCCGGCCUCCGCCUCGCCCUCACCGCCGCUCAGCUCGCCCGGCCUUAAGGCGCCGGGCGUGGGCACUGGCCCCGGCCCCGGGGGGCUCCCGGCGCCGCCGCAGCUCUCGGCCGCCACGCCGCACGGCAUCAACGACAUCCUAAGCCGGCCCUCCGUGCCCCUGCCGGGCGCCGCGCUCGCAUCCGCCGCGCCCUCUGCCUCGUCGGCGGCGCCCGCCGGACUGCUAGCCGGGCUGCCCCGCUUCGGCAGCCUUAGCCCCCCACCGCCGCCGCCGCCGCCGCCGCCGCCACCGCCCGCCCUCUACUUCAGCCCCGCCGCCGCCGCCGCCGCCGCCGCCGCCGCCGUGGCCGCCGGGCGCUACCCAAAGCCGCUGGCCGAGUUGCCGGGCCGCACGCCCGUCUUCUGGCCCGGCGUGGUGCAGGGGCCGCCCUGGAGGGACGCCCGCCUGGCCUGCGCGCCCCACCAAGGCUCGAUUUUGCUGGAUAAGGACGGGAAGAGAAAACAUACCCGACCCACUUUUUCUGGCCAGCAGAUUUUCGCCCUGGAGAAGACGUUCGAGCAGACCAAGUACCUGGCGGGCCCGGAGCGCGCCCGGCUGGCCUACUCGCUGGGAAUGACCGAGAGCCAGGUCAAGGUCUGGUUCCAGAACCGGCGCACCAAGUGGCGGAAGAAGCACGCGGCCGAGAUGGCGACAGCCAAGAAGAAGCAGGACUCGGAGACGGAGCGGCUGAAGGGCGCCUCGGAGAACGAGGAGGAGGAUGACGACUACAACAAGCCGCUGGACCCCAACUCGGACGACGAGAAGAUCGCGCAGCUGCUCAAGAAACACAAACCGGGAGGCGGGGGGCUGCUGCCGCCCCCGUCCGAGGGGGAGGCCUCGGCCUAGCCCCGCGCCCGCCGCCGAUCUCGGAGAUGUACAGAUUAUUUUUGUAGACUCUGCGCGCCCCGUGGCCGGCGGGAGGCCAGGGGCAGAGCACGGAGGACUGCGGCUAUACGGGCGCCGGGCGGCACGGAGGGGAGCGGCGGGGCUGCCCGGGUGCCACGGUGUCUCGGUGUCCUGGCGUCCCAGCCCCGCCGGGGGUCGGCUCCCGGCGAGCAGAGCGCUCCCGGCCCCGGCGCGGCCCCGCUCACUGACGAGCAGCAGAGAGUGAAACGAAAGAAGGGAGAAGCCAGCGCGUGGACAAGUAGCUGGUGCGAAUCGUCACAACCACUUUCGGUCAAAAUAUAAAAUUCAUUUAGUUGCUGUAAUUGAAUUUAAGGUGUGUUUUGUUUUGUAUCAUACGGAAUACUAUAGAAUGUAAAUUGUUUGCUUUUUUUAAGCCGAUAACGAUGACAUAUCGUGAUACAGCGUCUUAACAUUUAUUAAUUUAUAUUAAAAAGAUUCGGUUUGUAAAGAGAAAAAGAGCCCCCUGCGCGCCCCGUUCCAUGUAAUGCACUUUCUGUUCCCGAGGUCACCCCGAUAAAGCGAUUAAACAC